GCGAAGGGAAGACAAGCCCUCGAUCAAGCCCAGCUGCAGACCAGAAGUAUCAUAAACACAUAAGAGUAUCUCAUCCACACACAGUUGCUCAUCAACACAAGGAGAGGAACAUCUGGAUUGACUUGCUGUUUCUUUGUGCAUAUUGACAGCUUGAGAGUAUACAGGAUGGUGCUGUGUUGGUUCCUGUUGAGUUUCCUCUUCAACAACCUAAAUGCCCACAAUGACUUCUUCAGCUCUAUUGGUCAGAUGACAGACCUACUGUACACAGAAAAGGACCUGGUGACAUUACUGAAAGAAUACAUCAAACAAGAGGAGAACAGAAUAGAGCAGGUCAAAGAGUGGGCAGACAAGCUGGAUUCGCUGACAAACACAGCCACCCAGGACCCUGAGGGAUUCCUGGGACACCCUGUCAAUGCCUUCAAGCUGAUGAAGAGACUCAACAGUGAAUGGGCUGACCUGGAGAGCCUUGUGCUGAAAGACACUACCAAUGGGUUUAUCUCUAAUCUGACUGUUCAGAGGCAGUUUUUCCCAACAGACGAGGACCAGACAGGAGCAGCCAAAGCUUUGCUUAGAUUACAGGACACAUACCAGCUGUCAGCCAACACAAUCUCUAAUGGAGACCUGCCUGGUGUUGUUCACAAGAGCCGAAUGACUGUGGAAGACUGCUACGAGCUGGGGAAGAUCGCUUACUCGGAGGCAGAUUAUUAUCACACAGAACUCUGGAUGGCUCAAGCUCUCACACAGCUGGAUGAGGGUGAGGAAUCCACCAUCGACAAAGUCACAGUCAUGGACUACCUCAGUUAUGCCAUCUACCAGCAGGGAGAGCUAGAGCGGGCUCUUGAGCUGACCAAGCGGAUGCUGAAGCUGGACCCAAAUCACCACAGGGCCAAUGGUAACCUAAAGUACUUUGAGUUCCAGCUGGAGAAGCAGAGGAAGACAGAGGCCGAGAAGGAGGAGGGUAAAAAAACAGAAAAGAAAGUGUUGGACAAACGGGAUGCUCAGUAUAAACGCUCCAAAGACCUUCUGCCAGAGAGGAAGAAGUAUGAAAUGCUGUGCAGAGGAGAGGGGGUGAAACUGACACCCCGCAGAGAGAGCCGUUUGUUCUGCCGUUAUUUUGACAACGGCCGUAAUCCACGCUUGCUAAUGGCUCCAGUGAAACAGGAAGAUGAGUGGGACCGCCCACACAUUGUUCGUUAUCAUGACAUCAUCUCUGACAGUGAAAUCAUGACAGUGAAGGAGAUAGCAAAACCCAGACUAAAGCGAGCCACAGUGCACGAUCCCACUACGGGAAAACUCACCACUGCCCAGUACAGAGUCUCAAAGAGUGCUUGGCUGUCUGCAUAUGAGCAUUCUACAAUUGCAAAUAUUAACCAGCGUAUCGAGGACAUCACAGGCCUGGAAGUGGACACAGCAGAGGAGCUGCAGGUUGCAAAUUAUGGAGUUGGAGGUCAAUAUGAACCUCACUUUGACUUUGGAAGGAAAGAUGAACCAGAUGCCUUUAAAGAACUGGGUACAGGAAACAGAAUUGCCACUUGGCUCUUUUAUAUGAGUGAUGUGUCAGCAGGGGGUGCUACUGUCUUUCCAAAUGUAGGAGCAGCAGUGUGGCCCAAAAAGGGUACAGCAGUAUUCUGGUAUAACCUUUUUGCCAGUGGAGAAGGAGACUACAGCACAAGGCAUGCUGCCUGUCCAGUAUUAGUGGGCAAUAAGUGGGUAUCAAACAAAUGGAUACAUGAACGAGGUCAAGAAUUCAGGCGGCCCUGUGGUCUGACUGAGAUUGAAUGAUCACUCUUUCUCUCCUCUUCCCCCAGUUUAGCCUCAUGGUGUUCAUUUUGCUCCGUUUGGGAUGUGUGUCAGUAUAGGAAUUUAAUGAUCAACCAUCUUCAGAUAUUUUUUAUUUUGAAUCUUUUAAUUAACCCAGAAAUAUUGUGCAGUGCCAAUCAAAAUAUUUAUCUUGGUUAUUUAUUUAGGGUUGAUUAUUAACUCCAUAUUUUGCUUUUGCUCUUUCUUCUCUUAAACUCCAAUAAUCAGUUGUUUUUUAGAAAGGUUGGUCAAAUCCUUCAAUUAACCACUGAACACUCCAGAAACCAUUAACACUCCAUGUUAAUCAACAGUUAAUGUCACUGUUACGGAAAACAUGCGGAACUUGUUUCAAGAUGUCCUUAAGACUGACUUCUUAAGACCACACAUAUGUUUCUUUAGACAGAUCCCUGAGAAACAAACACCACAGUGUCGGGUUCUGUGGUUACAGAAAGUACCAAAGAGUAUUUUUUUUUUCCUGAGGUCAAGGAAAACAGCUUUUAAUUAUCUUGGUUCUGUUUUUUUAUGUACUUUUAUUCAUGUGGAAAUGUUUUUAGAAAGUGAGACAGUUUUUUUACUGAAAUAAAUUCUAUGCCAUCAA